CCCCCACCCCCCGCAGGUGCCUAGAGGGGUGCGGCACCCGCCAUGCGCUGCCGCAGACUGGCCCUGGGCCUGGGCUUCUGCCUGCUGGUGGGCACGGCCCUCUGCGCUCUGUGGGUAUAUGCCGACGACUGGCUGCCGUUCUCCUAUGUCCCCUAUUACCUCCCCUGCCCAGAGAUCUUCAACAUGAAGCUGCAGUUCCGGGGGGAGAAGCCGUUCCAGCCCGUGGCACGGUUGCAGUACCCUCAGCCGAAGCUGCUGGAGCAGAGGCCCACAGAGCUGCUGACGCUCACGCCCUGGCUGGCGCCCAUCGUGUCUGAGGGGACCUUCGACCCGGAGCUCCUGCAGCUCAUCUACCAGCCGCUGAACCUGACCAUCGGGCUCACGGUGUUCGCCGUCGGGAAGUACACGGGCUUCGUCCAGCACUUCCUGGAGUCGGCCGAGCAGUUCUUCAUGCGGGGCUACCGGGUGCGCUACUACGUCUUCACCGACAAGCCCGUGGCCGUGCCCCGGGUCCCGCUGGGCCCCGGCCGCCUCCUCAGCGUCCUGCCCAUCCAGAAGCACUCCCGCUGGGAGGAGAUCUCCACGCGCCGCAUGGAGACCAUCAGCCAGCACAUCGCCCAGCGGGCGCACUGGGAGGUGGACUACCUCUUCUGCGUGGACGUGGACAUGGUGUUCCGGAACCCCUGGGGCCCGGAGACCUUGGGAGACCUGGUGGCCGCCAUCCACCCCGGCUACUACGCCGUGUCCCGCCAGCAGUUCCCCUACGAGCGCAGGCAUGUUUCCACCGCCUUUGUGGCGGACGGCGAGGGGGACUUCUAUUACGGCGGGGCGGUCUUUGGGGGACGGGUGGACAGGGUGUACGAGUUCACGAGGGGCUGCCACAUGGCCAUCUUGGCGGACAAGGCCAACGGCAUCAUGGCGGCCUGGCAGGAGGAGAGCCACCUGAACCGCCGCUUCAUCUCGCACAAGCCCACCAAGGUGCUGUCCCCCGAGUACCUCUGGGACGACAGGAAGCCCCGGCCUCCCAGCCUGAAGCUGAUCCGCUUCUCGACGCUGGACAAGAACACCCACUGGCUGCGGAGCUGAUGGUAGAGUCGGGGCUGCCGUGGACGGGGACUCAGUGGAGCACCCAGCAGCCCCAGGGAGCACCCAGCAGCCCCAGGGAGCACCCAGCUCACCCCAGAGGAGCACCCAGCUCACCCCAGUGGAGCACCCAGCUCACCCCAGAGGAGCACCCAGCAGCCCCAGGGAGCACCCAGCUCACCCCAGGGAGCACCCAGCUCACCCCAGGGGAGCACCCAGCAGCCCCAGGGAGCACCCAGCUUGCCUCAAGGGUGCACCCAGCUUGCCUCAGGGGAGCACCCAGCUCGCCUCAGAGGAGCACCCAGCAGAGCACCCAGCUCGCCCGUCAGUGCCUCACUUCCCACGCCUUAGCUGAGACCUGCCCUGCCCGGCCUGCCUCCCUGUCAGGAAAAUCCAAGGGGAAAGCGACGGGAAGGGCCUUUAUACACCGUGAAGGGCUGUGCCCACAUGAGAACGCAAACCUCGAAUGUUGCCUAAGAGGGGGACGGGGAGGGGAGACUAGUGGUGAAGAGGGCAGGCCCAGAGGCUCCCACAGACGUGCCUUCGGCGGCUCUGCAGCCUGCCCUGCUCAGCGCCUGCGGUCCCACCCCUGCCCCCCUUUGCUGCCCGUUGCCCUUCGAGCUCACUUGUCACUGCUGGUUGUGAAGGGCGCCCAGGUCCCCUGUUCCCCGGCCGCAGGGCCCCCGGCACUGCGAUGUCCCCCCGCCAGUCCUCACUCCGGACCCCCUCUGGUUCCCAGUCCAGCUGCACCCACUCCCCAUGGCGGCCUCCCUGGCCCUGCCGCCUCUUUUGUAAGAAGGCUGGGCAGUUUUCAUAAAGGUGGAGCCUGCUGGGCCCUAACCAGGGCUUCCCACCUGUG